AUGCCGGGAGUGGGUGGAACGAACUAUCAAGGCGGCUGUGCAGUUCCAUUUAGUCCGUCAGAGCAAUAUAUGAAGCGAUAUUGUUAUUUUUUCUACCGCUUGUUACUCCCUGCGCUGCUCCAUGGGAAUUUCUGGUUGUGGAUAAGGCCCCACUGCCGGCUGAAAGUUGACGACCGGCACGGAGAAGAAACUAUCAAGAGAUUCACUACCGAGAGCGCACGGUCUAAAAAUCACCUGGUCAUUGGGAUGUACCACAGACGUUCAUGGAUUGAUUCAGGGAUAUUGGGGCUCUGCAUCCCCUCGCCCGAGGUGCAGCAGCCAGAAUCCGGGUUAAUCUGGAUAAAGGAGCUUGAAGGGAAAUUUGCCUUAUCAUCUCGUAUACUGAGCUGUCAUUUCUCAUCUCUUUGGCGUUCAUAUGCCCAAGACCCAUUGCCGACAUGCUACCUCAAUGGUGGAAAAAAAGUGAAGAAAGCGACUCCACCAAGGCUCGAGCGUGCACAGGCGCACGUGGUUAGGGCGAACAAUGGAACAAAUGUUUCAAUCUACCGUAUCCACAUCCAUGCCGGCAAUCAGCACACUAUGUCGGCUCCACACUGCCAAACUUCAGCCGCAUGCCGGCAGAAAGUCGAAAUGCGUGUAAGCACCGCCGUCUUUCAGAGACGCUUGCCCCCGUCACCGCGACGACUGCAGCAGGCUGGCACGGUGGCAAGAAUCGAGAAGGCGGAUGUAGCUGCGAAGCAACUAUGGUUACUGCCAAUAGUCGGUGUGCUCUUGCCCGCCAAUGUUCCCUCCACAGCUGCCCUUCACAUUCUCAUUCCUAGCGCCUCCACAAUUGUUGAUGAGCCAGCUAGGCUAAUUAAAGAUAAGCCCUAUCUUGGCGAAACGGACUCGACCAUAACUAAAUCACAUAUGGCGUCUUCAGGGACACUCGGUGAUCGGACGACAAGCGAUCGCGCCAUGUUACGAAUAGUGUCAAAGGAGGAUACCCGAGCCAAGCAGAGUUACCAAGUUAGUGUUGAGGUUUGUAAGAUCAGUAGGGUUAGAACAUGCCAAUCAUCGGUUAGGCUAGGUCAUGGGUGA